AUGGAACAGUUACAUUGUCAUGUGAAACAGUAUGCGUGGGGAAAAUUUGGAGAAGAAAGUGAAGUUGCCAGAUUAUUUGCUGAUGGACAUGAACAUUUUACAAUCGACAAAAAUGCACCAUAUGCAGAGGUUCGAAUAUUUAGCAGAAUACAAAAUUAACAAAAUUAAAAUUUUUGAGAGAUUAGGUUAAUUGUUCCACCCAUAACAGUAUUGUCCCGAUAUGAUCAAUGUAGAUUUCACGUUUUUUGUGUAAUUCUACGUCGAGGUAAAAAUGCUCUCAAGCUAUCUAAGGAUAAUAUAUUUGAAUGGGUGUGACACUUCAAAAAUCAUCUGAACAACCCAAAUUCUUCAGUUUCGAACAAACAAGUAUCAAGUUAGCCAAAUAAACAUUGAUAACAAUUUUCACAUGAAGGCCAAAACUGAAAAUACAUCGAAGAAAACUAUUCAUACUCGAAACAAGAACAUUUUCAAUGUUUGACCUUCUAAAAAAAUGGUUACGUAACAUUUACAGUAUAUUUUGUUUGUACAAAGAACUGUUUAAAACCUGAUUCCCUAUCUUUAUUGUUCGUUUUCUUCUUUUAUCCGAAAAUAAAAUGACAACGAAGAUCAUCGGGUAAACUUCACAAACGUUUGAAAGUGCAAAUAGAUACCAAAAUACUUUACAAAAACUGAUACGAAAAUAAACCAAAACAUAAUUUUUUUGCAGCUAUGGAUGGGAACUCAUCCAGAUGGACCAGCUCAACUCAAAAAAUGCUUGACAAAAUUAUCAACACACUUGGCAAAAAAUCCAUCACCUUUGAUCACAAACAAUAACUCUUCCAAAAAUAUUCAUCUUCCAUUUAUUAUGAAAAUAAUGUCAAUUCGAACAACUCUUUCAUUACAAGUUCAUCCAACAAAAGAACAAGCUAAACGAUUACAUGAAAGAGAUCCAGUUCAUUAUCCGGAUCGUAAUCAUAAACCAGAAUUAGCAUAUGCUUUAACACGAUUUGAAUUAUUAUGCGGAUUUCGACCAUCGAAUGAGAUUUUAGAUAAUUUAAAAGGUACUUGAAAGUAACUUGUGGAAAAUGUACUAACAAGAGAAUCAGUUUCUAUUAACUAAGAAAUUCAAAAAAACGACACCGGAGUUCCCUGUGAAGAAAAAAUAAGCCAAAUCUUUCAGCUUUUCCUUCAUUGCGACUACUUUUCGGUGGCGAAAAAAUGGUUCAAAAACUCGAAACAGUUAUUAUUCAAAACACUUCUCAAUCAAUUAAAUGUAGACAAGCUUUGGCUGCAUGCUUUAAAUAUAUGAUGAUGAUUCAAAAUUCAGAAGUUAAGGUUAGUACCCUAGAAUUGGAAAAUCAUUUCUAGAAAAAGUAACAAAAUAAAUUUGCAGGGUCUUGUCUUCAAAUUAUUAGAGGAAUUAUCAAAUGGAGUUCGCGGUGCAGUUCAAGAAAAUACAGUCGAAGUUAUUCGAAAAAUGUCAAUCGAUUUUCCAAAUGAUAUUGGAAUAUUUUCUCCAUUAUUUUUGAAUCAUAUGAUUCUUGAACCAGGUCAAUGUUGUUAUUAUGCAGCUGAAGAAUUGCAUGCAUAUUUAAGUGGAGAAUGUGUUGAAUGUGUUGGAUGUUCGAAUAACACAAUCCGUGCAGCUAUGACACCAAAAUUCAUCGAUCGUGAGGCACUUUGUGAAGUUCUCAAUUAUAAAAUGACAGAACCAGAAGAUUAUUUGGUUCAUCCAACUCAAUUGACUGAUUGUGUUGCCGAAUUCGCGCCAGAUUGUAAAGAUUUUCAAUUACACAAAAUCAAUGUUGAAAUUGAUCAACAGCCAGAGAAUUCUCAAUUACCUGCUUUGGAAUGUGCAUCGAUUUUAGUUAUUACAAGUGGAAGUGCGAGUAUUGAAGAGAGAACACAAAAUGAUGAAUUUGUAAGUUGAAAAACUUCCAAUAAUAUAUCAAGUAGAUAACAUAAAAAUGUUCAGGUUAGCAAAUACGAUAUUAAACGAGGUGAUAUUUUCUACAUUCCAUCAAAACAGUCCAUCAGGUUAUUUUUAUCUAACAAAUUUUCCUGAUUAAUCCAAUCCUAACUUUUACAGAAUAGUCAAUGUUAUUGAACCAAUUGAAGCGUACCGAACAUUUAGUUAUGAAAUUGGUCCAGAUCAUGAGUCUCGUAUUAUCACAACACCUUCAAUCUCAUCAGCUGCGGUUGAAAAAUCUCAAAAAACUAGUGAAAAAGUCAUCAAACUCGACGAAAUUGAUGUCGCUAUUGCCUAG